AUGGGAGAAGUUUCAUUGGUCAAACAUGAAGAAUUACCUGUUCCAAUUUACUCUACACUGGAGCCUGUUUAUGGCAGUGAAUCACAACUCAAAGAAGCUGAAAUUCGGUUCAAGAAUUUGAAGUCCGAGUUCAUUGACUUCUUUGGCCACUCUCCUGAUAUUUACGCACGAUCCCCAGGAAGAGUGAAUUUGAUUGGAGAACAUAUUGACUACGAGGGGUACUCUGUAUUGCCAAUGGCGAUUCGACAAGAUACAAUUGUGGCUAUAAGGAAGUGCGAUAGUAAUGAGUCUGAGAAGCUUCUUCGAAUUGCAAAUGUAAAUGGUGACAAGUACACAUUGUGCUCUUACCCUGCUGAUCCACUGCAGGACAUUGAUGUGAAAAACCACAAAUGGGGUCAUUAUGUCAUUUGCGGGUACAAGGGUUUCUAUGAGUAUGUCAAAUCGAAAGGAAUCGAUGUUGGUGAACGAGUCGGACUUGAUAUUGUUGUUGAUGGUACAGUUCCGACAGGUUCUGGUCUAUCAAGUUCUGCAGCACUUGUUUGCUCUUCCACUAUUGCUAUAAUGGCUGCAUUAGGUGUAAACCUACCCAAGAAAGAAAUUGCACAACUUACUUGUGAAUGUGAACGGCAUAUCGGCACACAGUCUGGUGGAAUGGAUCAGGCCAUAUCUGUUAUGGCACAAUCUGGAAUUGCUGAGCUGAUUGAUUUCAAUCCUAUUCGUGCAAUGGAUAUACAACUACCUACUGGUGGUUCUUUUGUAAUAGCCCAUUCGUUAGCUGAAUCACAAAAAGCAGUUACUGCUGCUAUUAACUACAAUAAUCGGGUUGUUGAAUGUCGUCUAGCUGCAAUUGUAUUGGGCAUAAAGCUGGGAAUGGAACCGCAAGAGGCAAUAUGUAAUGUAAAAACACUUUCAGACGUUGAAGAUUUGUGUGUAUCAUUUGCUGGUACACUUGAAUCUUCUGAUCCUGUCCUCGCCGUGAAGCAAUUUUUGCAUGAGGAACCAUAUGCGUCCGAAGAUAUUGAGAAAAUCACACAAGAAAAGUUGGAAACUAUCUUUUCCAAUUCCUCUACUUCUUUGGAUGUGCUUAGGGCGGCCAAGUAUUACAAAUUGCAUCAGAGGGCUGCUCAUGUAUAUUCUGAAGCGAAACGUGUCCAUACUUUUAAAGACAAUGUAUCCUCAAAAUUAAGUGAAGAAGACAUGCUGAAGAAGCUCGGUUACCUUAUGAAUGAGAGUCAUUACAGCUGCAGUGUUCUAUAUGAGUGCAGCUGUCCCGAGUUAGAGGAGCUUGUUAAGAUUUGUCGAGAUAAUGGUGCUCUCGGAGCAAGGCUUACAGGAGCUGGAUGGGGUGGAUGUGCUGUGGCUUUAGUGAAAGAGAGUCUUGUUCCACAGUUUAUACUCAAUUUGAAGGAGCAAUUCUAUCAAUCAAGAAUUGACAAAGGAAUAAUCAAUAAGGAUUAUCUUGGUCUGUAUAUUUUUGCAUCAAAGCCCUCUAGUGGUGCUGCUAUUAUCAAAUUUUAGCCUGUCAAGCUCUUAGUAAUCUAGCUGAAUUCAUUAUCCAUCUAUGUUAAUAAUCACAAAAUAAGGGCACUUUUACAUCAGUUGA